UGGAAAAUAAUGUGAGAAAGCAUCACUGAGAGGGUGACAUUUGAGCUAAACUACUAGGAGCCAGUCAUGGGAGUAUCUAGGGACGGAGUGUUCCAGGAGGCAACAGCCAGUGCAAAGGUCCUGAGGUGGAAACAAGGUUGCUGUGUGUGAGGAACAUCAAGGAGGACAGUGUGAUACAGUGGAGUGAUGGAUUUGGAAUGUUUUAGGAGGUGGAGCCUCAUUGUCUUGCUCCCAGUUGGGGAGAAGGGCCACAAGGGUCUAACUGCAAGGGGGUGAGACCUAAGCCUGGUCACUUCCUUCCUUCAAGGGUAAGUGGUACCAUGCCUCCUCACACAACAUGGUGUGACUUGUAUGGAGAGAAGAGGGAGGAUCUAAACUGCAGACAUGUAGCUGUAUUCCAUUCUCAUGUAUCCUGUGCCAGGGAGGAACCUUGUCCUUCCUGUUUAAUCCUCAUUUUCUCAUCUGUAAGAGAGUAGGCAAUCCGCUAACCAAGGUUGUAAGCUUGUUAACAGAAAUACCAAUCUUCAACCUAAGUUUGUCCACUGACUAACACGAGUGCCUACCUCGAUAGGUGUGUCUCUGCCCCCGUUGGGGGCUCUCAGAACCCUCAUUACAAUGCGCUCAAGCUGUCCAUCACUCAAAUCCCUGGUGCCAGCAGGUCACACAGGGGUAGGUGCUUGUCCAUGUGCUUGGAGAAGAGAUGGUCCAACUUUGGGUCAGGGUCUUUGCGGUUAGAGGCACAGGACUCCCUUACAUAUCUUGGCUGCCAUGUGGGGCAGGCACUGCUGGAGGUGAGCAUGAGGCAGCUUGUCUGGAUAAAGAUACCAAGGCCUGUGCACAUAUAGGGGUGCUAGAGUUCCCCAGGGAAGACCCUGCGCACAUGUAUUAGUGGAGGUAUGCUCUUGUCUGGGCUCCAUCACCAGCUGGACAGUCUAGGCUGGCCCCUGUGGGUCACUCCACCCCUUCCCAUGGCUGAGAGUUGCCCCCUCUAAAUAUAGCCCAGUGGGCUGAGCUCAGGCCUAUUUUAGGCCCAGGUUGGGAGGUGGCCAGCCUUCCCCAGGCUCUGAGGAGCCGCUGCUGCUUCCAUCCUAUCCCGCUGCUGGGUGCUACUAUCAGCCCCACAACUGCCCACCGCCCACCAUGCCUGAGGACACCCAAGAAGCAGACACCUUGGCACUAACACCGAGCCCGAAGAGCAGGGCACCGCUGGCCCCAAACCACAUACAGGAGGUGCGCCUGCACCAGGUGGAGUCCAUCAGCGACCUGCACAGUGGAGGUUCACUGCGCCCCUACCUGGCUGAGGAGGCACAGCCGUGGGACGAGCUACUGGGCAUCUUGCCACCGUCGCUGUGUGUCCAGGCUGGCUGCAGCCCUGUGCACGGCAGGGGAGGCUUCCUGCUGCUUGCAUUGCUGGUGUUCACCUGCCUGGCGCUCGCCAUCCUGGCCGUCUACCUGAGCGUGCUGCAGAGUGAAUCCCUCCGCAUGCUGGCGCACACACUGCGCACCCAGGAGGAGAUGCUGCUCAAACUCCGGCUUGCCAGCCUCAGCCAGCUGCGGAGGCUCAACUCCAGUGAGGCCCAAGCACCCAGCUGAGAUACCACUUGGACCUGGAGCUUGGGUGUGUGGGUGGGGAAUAAAAUCGCUGUUGGCAGGUUUCUCCUUAUGCAUUGCUCCACACUACUUCCUUGGUACCAUACCAGAGUCCAAUUCCACCCCACAGCUACCUGCCUCUCCUGUCUUCAAGCCAGGCCUAGCCAGGUUUUCUGGUGCCCAGGUCCUGCUUUGGGUGGCCCAAGGUCAGAGGAAGGGACACCAGCCUCCUGGCUCCUUCCGUGGCCUGUCAGCAGCCUCUGGCUUCCUCCAGAUAGGUUCAGAGUCUAGAAAUAGCUGUCCCCCAACCCCAGUUGCCCGAACUUUGCCAGGCCUCCCAGCGGGGGUCCAGCAUCGGCGCUUCAAGCAGGCAGAGUAUGGGGAGGAAGGCCACUUGAGGAGCUGUUCUUGAGGUCAGACCUCCAGAUGAGAUGAGAUGGAGACGGGGGAGACCAGUGCAUGGUGAACGGCGGGGCAGGUGGAAACACUUAGGCGCUAAGGGCCACACAUGGCUGAGCAUUCAGUUUAAUUACCUCUAAUAAUCUUUAAAAAUCAGCAUAUAGAUCCAUUCCAGGUAGCCUGGCCUCCCCACCUGCUUUGGUGGCAUUUGUCCAGAUGCCAUGCCCCUCAAGGAAGUGGGUCAUCCCUGGGGAUCAGGGCCCAAGAAAGGAAAGGGACAGCCCUCUUACUGCCUGCCCCACAGCCCUGGGACAGGCACACAUCUGGCCUGGCCUGAGACAGGGCAGAGAGAGGCCACAGAGCUGUGCAGAGGCAAGGGGCCAGGGACAGGAUACCAAGCGCCCUGGCCUCCAGUCACUACCCCAGUCUGUUUUUGGUUUUGUCAUUAAAAAAAUAAAGCCACAAUUCCUGGCAGGAACAA